GAAUCUUCAUCUGACAAGCCGGAUGCCACCUCUGAAGCUGAGCAGAAGCCUCCUGAAGAAGAAGAUUCGGGAGACGACGAGAUGCUGAGCGGGGAGAAAGAAGAGGAGCAGACUUUUCUGGUCAACCUCUACAAGUUCAUGAAAGAGCGUCACACGCCAAUUGAGAGGGUGCCUCAUUUGGGCUUCAAGCAAAUUAAUCUGUUUAAAAUCUACAAAGCUGUGGAAAAACUCGGAGCUUACGAACUGGUGACAGGAAGACGACUUUGGAAAAAUGUUUACGACAUGUUGGGAGGCAGCCCGGGAAGUACCAGUGCUGCCACUUGCACCCGCCGACAUUACGAGAGGCUGGUCCUCCCGUACGUCCGACACUUGAAAGGGGAGGACGACAAGCCGCUACCCCCCGUCAAGCCUCGAAAACAGUACAAGAUCUCCAAGGAGCCGAAGGGGGAUCGCGUGAUGGAGAAGAAGAGAACAAAGAAAGAAGAUGAGAGAUCUAGUAAGGAGAGUUUGCCGGAGAAAGUGAGGAGGGCAGAUGUUGCUUUGCUCCCCAAACCUCCCAGUGGUCCCGAGCCGAAUCAGCCCCAGGAGCAAACAGAAGGGCGCCUCUCCCUUCCAAGCCGAGAGACGGCUGAGACUCAGCCAACCGCCAGCUGCCUUGGAAACUGUCGCUCCCACGGCUGCUCCGAAGCCUACACGCGGCUCUUCUCCAGCUUCUACUUCAAGGGGAACAAUGGCAUCAUGUCUCCCUUGGCGAAGAAGAAGCUGCUGGCGCAGGUCAGCCACGAAUGCUUGUACGCUCAUGAGAAGAAGCACCUCAUCCACUGUCCCGAAUACAAGAAGAUCAGGAUCCGGGAAAUACCAGGAUUGGACUCUGAAGUUGGUCGCCUGCAGAAAGAGGCCCCAAAGACAGGAGCAGAGGUGAACGGUUCUAGCAGUCUCCAGCUCCUUCCCAGGUUGGAAAAGCCAAUGAUUGGUUUGAUGAAAGUUCCUCCAGGUUUCAAGGAGGGCCCAGGGUCCAUGAAAGCGGAGGAAGAGAGCUCUGCAGCUCACCUGUCUACUGGGCCACCUGUCUUCCGUGGCUACUUCCACACCUCCAGCAGCAACCUCUUGAAACCCAUCAGUCCUCGAGGACCAGUGGAAUAUUACUCCAGCUUGAAGGACCUCCUGCGUCUUCCCCAGCUUACGCUAAGCCGGAAAAGAUGCCCUGUUAGCAGCUGGGUCUCAGAAGAAGCAGGAGAGCUUGGAAGACCAACCAGAAGACUCCGCAGGAAGUCAAGUCAACCUUGGAAAGCCGACCAUCAACACUCUUCGGCCUUUCAAGCGAGCGCCCUGAGCACCAAGGCGGGGUUUCCCCAUUUCAACCGGUCAAAGCCCCUGGACCUCACCCGUGGUCAACCUGCGAAGGUCAGCCCACAGGUCUCUAAGAACGGAGGGCUGUCCAUGUCUCCAGGCCAGUCGGGCAUCCCCUGCAGAAAGAAGAGAGCGUCAGAGGAGGACUACUUUCUGCAUGGCAAGAAACUCAAGGCGGUGUCUCCAUUCGUCAAGGAGGUAGACCCGAACGGUAGCCUGGAUCAAGGACGGCCCGGAGGGCAGUCAGGCAUCGCGAAGCCGAAAGCGACGGUGGUGGGGUCCAUAUUUCCAGUCACUCACGUGCCUCAGCUACAGGACAUGUACAAGGGCACCAUGUUGAGGUUGCCCGUUAAUUUGGGCCCAGGAGAACAUCUCAAGGAACAGGCCCCUUCGCUGAUCCAGUCUCUCUCCAUCAACCCGUUCAUUAUCCCCGCCUUCCCCACCCCGCUAUUAACUGCGUCCGUCCAGGCAUCGGAUCUGGGUCGUCUGGGCACCAGCCUCGUCCACUACCCCACUUCGUAUGACAGCGCACUACGCCACCGGCUGUACCCCGUGUCGACGUGGCACAGCCAGCCGACCUACACUUCUGCAGUCCCAUCCUACCACCGGAACACCAAGCUGUAGCCCCUUACCCCCGGGACCCUCAGGGAUUUGCCACGUUGGAGACCCUGCACAACGUUGAGAGCCCGCGCGAGGCAUGUGCGAACCCA